AUGGUAUUUCUUACACUUCCCGCCGUCCUUAAUCCUUUUGUGCAGGAGGUGAAAUUGGCCAAGGCUGACAUUAUCAAAUGUGUAUUCCGGGGAAUCUUCCUGGUGCCUAUCCGUGCCAUCUUCCUGACUCUGGUUCUCGUGGUAACAUGGCCUGUUGCUGUCAUAAUAACAUUCUUGCACCCUCUCAAAGGAGCGGUGGCGCCCAUGACCGGAUGGAGACGGUUCAUGUGUCGGCGUGUGAUGGCGUUCCUGGGGAGGUCCUACUACUUCUUCAUGGGCUUCAGGGUGGUGGUGAAGGGCCAGCAGGUGAGCAGUGCAGAGGCCCCCAUUCUGGCUGUGGCCCCACACUCCACCUUCUUUGAUGGCAUUGUGUGCAUCGUAGCAGGCCUGCCCUCCACUGUGUCCCGCACUGAGAACCUCGCCACUCCUAUAUUCGGCAGGUUUGUGCGAUGUCUCCAGCCGGUGCUGGUCUCCAGCCAGGACCCAGACUCCCGUAAGAACACCAUUAUGGAGAUAGACAGCAGAGCCAAGUCUGGAGGCCACUGGCCACAGAUCCUGGUCUUCCCUGAGGGGACUUGUACAAAUCGCUCAUGUCUCAUCACUUUCAAACAAGGUGCCUUCGUCCCUGGGGUCCCGGUGCAGCCUGUGGUCAUGAGAUAUCCCAACAGACUGGACACUGUGACUUGGACUUGGCAAGGCUUCAGCUCGAAAACCCUGCUGCUUCUCACUCUGUCUCAGCUCUACACCAAUGUAGAGAUAGAGUUUCUUCCUCCAGUUACCCCUACUGAGGAGGAAAAGACAAGACCUGUGCUGUUCGCCAGGACAGUACGAAAUGUUAUGGCCCAGGCCCUGGGUGUGCCAGUGACGGACCACACAUAUGAGGACUGUAGACUGAUGAUCUCAGCUGGGGAGCUCACCCUGCCAAUGGAGGCUGGUCUAGUGGAGUUCACUAAGAUCAGCCAAAAACUUGACCUGAAGUGGGACAACGUGAAGAAGGAGCUGGAGGGCUUUGCAGCCGUUGCCUGCUCCUGUAAAGGAGGCCGCAUCACCAUCCAGGAGUUCGCCAGCUUCCUCAAGCUGCCCAUCAGCCCGGCCCUGCAGGAGCUGUUUGCUCUCUUUGACAGGGAUGGAGAUGGCACCAUUGACUUCAGAGAGUAUGUCAUCGGUGUAACCAUCUUAUGUCGGCCAGCUAACACCGAAGAGGUCCUCCGCACAGCUUUCCAGCUGUUUGACACUGACGAGGACCAAAGAAUCACGCAUGAAGAGUUUUCCUCCAUGCUUCGCUCUGCUCUAGGCGUGUGUGACCUCAACGUCUCCAAACUCUUUAAGGAGAUAGAUACAGACAGCUCUGAAUUCAUCACUUUCUCCGAGUUCCAGGCGUUUGCCCUGAACCACCCAGAGUAUGCCAAGCUGUUUACCACCUACCUGGAGCUCCAGCGGUACCAGGCCCUCCAGGGGGUGGAGUCAGAACUCUCCUCCACCAAUCACGUCUCUGAGGACAACCAGGAAGAGAGCAUCUCUGACAAGAAGGACGACUAAGUCUGAGGCAGAGACUGUCGUUGUGUUCGAGAGCAUUACCAUACAUUUUGCUCAGUAGCUGAUCACUGGCUGAUCUACUGUUAAUAAUACAGUUAUUUAAGAUCCAAGGUGAUUUGUUGAUCAGUAAGUCUGCAGUUGAUGACUGCAAUGUUGUCGAUCUAGAUCAUGUACAGAGACGGAACUCUUUUUGAGCUCUCAGUUGAAUACACAGACAGACAAACUACUGAUGAACCACAACAGGGUCUUUUCUAUUGCACUGAUUUUAGAGAACUGGAACCUCGUUUUGACAGCAUAGCAAAGUAUUGUGUUGACCACAUAGGAAAUAGGAUGAUGUAUGUUUAAAUUAAUGUUGCUUUUUUGCAAAAAUAAAUAUAUUUUGUGCCUUAAAAAGAUUUGUAAGCAAGGUUUGUAAGAGCUAUUGUUUGUGUUUCUGUACAGAUGGGGUGGAAUCAUAGACCUCCAAGUAUAUUUUUUCAGAUCCUUGUUGAUGGCAGUAAUGUGGUCAUAGGAAGGUUGAACAAUAUACGGAUAUCCACUUAAUCCUAAUGAUUUUAGGAAGUUGCUCAUAGCAAUGUUGAACUUUUUGCCAAUGUUUUUUGUAGAUACCCCUGCUGAUUUUUAUUUAAGGCAUCCCAUUGUUUCGUCAUAGUUUUGCCUCUUCAGAUGAAAACUACCUUGUGCCAGCCCAUAAUGUAUGUAAAUGACCUGGAUAGCCUUCUGAGAUGACUGUAUCCUGUACUCUUUAAUGUGUCUACCUGUUCACCUCUGUUUUCUACAGGUUCCUUGAAGAUAACUGGAAAGGCUGCCAAACGUUGCUUUUGUAUGAGUUGAAAGUCUUUAAUGUAUGACUGGAUUGCAGAAAACAUCAUUAAAACCCGCUUUUUCUAAUGAUAUCAACCUAAUCUGGCAACCCAGCAAAGGAGCAAUAAUACAAGCUAUAAGGAUACAUGCUGUGCUUGACAGUUUUUCCACUGCUCAGGGACACACUGUAAGUAGUGCUUUUGCUUUGCAUCUGUUUUCUAUUUGCAUUUCCAUUGAAGAGUGAUGUUGCUGAGGCAGCAGUGGAACCUUAUGGCUUUAGCCAAACUAAAGCCCGAGCAUCUACUGGAAAAUAAGGCAAUUUGUGAGCAAAAAGGCAAGCGUGCCUAGUAAUACAUACCCCCUGGAAUACACUGUUGUAUGGUUUCAAGUUAACUAGUGUGCAUUGUUAUUUAUUUACCCCCUGGAAUACACUGUUGUAUGGUUUCAAGUUAACUAGUGUGCAUUGUUAUUUAUUUACCCCCUGGAAUACACUGUUGUAUGGUUUCAAGUUAACUAGUGUGCAUUGUUAUUUAUUUACCCCCUGGAAUACACUGUUGUAUGGUUUCAAGUUAACUAGUGUGCAUUGUUAUUUAUUUACCCCCUGGAAUACACUGUUGUAUGGUUUCAAGUUAACUAGUGUGCAUUGUUAUUUAUUUACCCCCUGGAAUACACUGUUGUAUGGUUUCAAGUUAACUAGUGUGCAUUGUUAUUUAUUUAGCAGAGCGCGUUGUUGCAAUUAUGUUAAUUUUUGUGAACACAGCAAACUUUCUUUUUUUGCAAUAA